AUGGGUGCAUGCACAGAAGAAGAAUUUAGCUGUUCGGACAUUAACUUGAAUCACUGUAUUCCCGCUGAUUGGCGAUGUGACGGUGAAGAUGAUUGUGACUGUGACGGCGAAGAUGGUUGUAACAAGGACGAGACAGACGAAACUUGUAUUGCAAUGUGUGGUGCUGAAUUUUUUUACUGUGCUGUUGAUUUGUCGUGUGUUCCUGGUAACUAUGUAUGUGACGGUGAGGCAGAUUGUAACAAUGGAGAAGAUGAAUAUCAAUGUGAAUGCACCGACUCUGACUUUAUUUGUUAUGAUGGUUCUUGCAUUAUAAGUGGUUAUGUAUGUGACGACUAUGACGAUUGUAGUUCGGGAGAGGAUGAGGCAAAUUGUAAAUGCCCUCCCGGACAAAUAACUUGCUUGUUAGAUGAUGCAUGUGUAUCAGUAACAAAGAUGUGUGAUGGGGUUACUGAUUGUAAAGCAGGAGAAGACGAAAGUUUUUGCACACCUGCAGAAGGGUGUGAACAAUACCAGAGUGUUUUCAAUUGUGAUAACGAGUGUAUAGCUCUGAACGCCAAAUGUGAUGGUUAUAAUGAUUGUAGUAAUGGUGAGGAUGAACAGGGCUGCACAGGUAAUUAUAUAAGAGACUGA